AUGGGAACAACCAACGCCUUAAAAGCUCUCCCCCAAGAUUGCUGGGUGCAUAUUCUGGAUCAAAUCUCACAAUUCGAUACUGCAUCCGUAGUGGCUACAUCCCGAGGCUUGCAAGUCUCCUCGGAGAGCUCGUUGUAUCGUAAAAUCGAUAUAGACUGGACCAGGCCUCCCCUUAAGCGGGUUCUAGCGCUAUUCCGUGUCAUUCACAAACGGCCAGAUCUGGCUGCGCACAUUCACCAUGUGAGCAUGAUAUCCUCAAAACUGGUGUAUCCAGCAACAGACCAGGAAGACGAGUGGGAGUUGCCUCAAAUUGAUGGGGACUGGAGCCAGCUCUCAUUUCUAUUCCAGGAUGAGGUGAACGCUGCAAAAGAUAUCAUUACCAAGGCACAGUUUUCCUCGCCAAAGAUGUGGAUCCAUGCCCUGGAAGAGGGCGACCCAUACGCAUUUGUGGCUGUCCUUCUGUCUCAGCUUCAUAAUCUACGGUCGCUGCAACUGGAUUACACUUUUGUGUGGCAAACUGGGUUCCCAGGGUUGAUGAUGAGACAUGCUCUUCUUUCUGCGCCUGAGAAUUCAUUAUCUCGAUUUUCGAACCUCUCCGUUGUCGAAUAUGGUCUGAAUGUUCCAGGCCCUAGACGGUUCAACGAAACGAGAUGGAAUUUCAUCGAUGCAUUCCCCGUUUGUAACCCAGAUCAAUAUGCAGGCUGGUUCUAUCUGCCUUCUUUAAAAUCUUUGGAAAUCUGGCUCCAAAGUUUCGAAGGUGUCCGCAACGAGUUAUCCAAUCCUACUGGAUCAAGUAAGCUGGCGCAUCUGGCCCAGCUUCAGAGGCUUGUGUUAACGGAAUCCACUAUUGAAGAAGAUGAGGUCAGAAACCUUCUAUCGCACCUGCCUUCGCUGAAGAGUGUUCACCUAGGCCUAGUCUACCCAUCACAGGAUAGAGAGCUCGAUUAUCACUGUUGUUCUCCUCAGCCUCCUCUAAAAAAGCAAGGUGUGCUUCUUGAAGGGCUGAUGAGUGUAAAAGACACAGUUGAACAUCUUUCCAUUAGCAUGGAGCUCUGUCCGCUUUAUUGGCUUAGUGUUUGGGGUGCAAUAGAACGGUGCAAUGGAACCCCGGAAGAAGGAUUUAAACCUUUCAAAGGAAUCUUAAAGCAUUUCCCGCUUCUUCGAACUGCUGAGCUACCUGCAGUCAUGCUUUUCGGAUGGAUUUGUGACACACCAGCCAUGUCUGAGCUUCUACCGCCAACACUUCAGAAGCUCGCCAUUCGAGACAACUUGUAUCUUGUGGAGGAUUUCGAAUGGAAGACAGACAAAGUUGCAGAAGUAAUUCAAAACUUCCUCCCCGCUGCAAAGUCGGCGACUCCUCUGUUGAGCACAAUUAUCAUUCGAGUCUUUGAUAUAGGGACGGAUACUGUUGACCCGGACGAUUCAACGGGGGCGAGAUCGUCGUGCGAGAUGCUAGGGCUGGAUAUAGAUAUUAGUAUGAGUCAGGAUAAUCUCUCGCCGGGACUUUGGACGACGCACAGGGAAAUUCAAGAAGGAUCUCGGAGAGACUGUCGGAAUCGUGGAUGA